AAAUAAAGAGAAAGGUGCUAGUUAUGUUAAAGAAUUUGGACAAGAAGUUCUUAAAAAGCUUCCAACUGAUAAACCUUUAUUUUGGUCUGCUACUAAAUCUGGUUCAUACGUAUCUUUGCAAGAAGGUUUCUUUGAAAAUGAUAAAUUUAUCAUUGAAAUCCUUGCAGAAUAUAGUAAUGUGAAAAGUGUACAAUUACCUCUCGAUAUGAUAAAUCAAUUGAAAUCAGCUGGUGUUGAAUUAGCUCCAGUUCCAGCAGGAAUGGUUAGGCAAAAUCUCAAGGGCAUAAACAAUCUUUCAAAUAAAUAUGAAUAUGAACAAUUAAUUAAGUUGUUAAUAUUCAUUUUAGAUAUUUAUUUGAUUCCACUAUAUGAUAAUAAAUGGGGGAAAUUUGAUAAACAAUCUAAACAAAAAUAUUAUUUAGCUACUAAUGAACAACAAAAUUUGGUGCCACAUGUAAAUUCAUCUAAUUUUGUUUAUUUCUCUGAAAAGAAUGAUAAAGAAACCAGAUUAAAAGAGGUUUUUGAACAGGAUGAAUUUCAAAAACAUACCAAUGUAAAGAAAUUUAACGCCAUAUCUCUUGCAUACCUUUUGGGAUACGAGCUUAAACCGGAACAAAAAAUAACUGAUUGGGACCCAGAAUCUACAUCAAUUCCAAAUAAAGAAUGGUUAAAUGAAAUUUGGAAAAUUAUUUUAGAAUCAAAUACGAGCUUGGAACUUUUUUCGCAGUAUCCACUUUUAGAAGUUGUGCGUCCAAAAAGGGAAUUAAUACUUUUAGAUUCAAAAAAUCCAUUACUUGAAUUACCAGAAAGCAAUGUAGCACAAUUUGAGAAGUUG